UUCACAAAUAUGACAUUACUACGGACAUGAUUAAGGAGUUCUGACUUGUUAGAUUUGAUGUAAGAAAAUCUACUGACUGAGAUUGAUCAACGAUGAGUUACAAGUGCGAAACUUGCGAAGAAACAUUUCAUACCUCGUCGAAUAUGGCGAAACAUUUACUCUCUUUGAAGCACUUAUGCGGAGAACUGCAUAUGUUAUGCGUUUCGUGGGAUACGAACUCAAAUAUCAAUCUACUGGAAAUUUUCGACAAUUUUCAGCUUUGGAAGUUGAGUUCAGCACUCGAUUUGGGAGUCACUUUCAUGAUCCCUGAUAAGCUGAAGAAAGAUGUUACGGAGAGGUUGACAUUGGAGUUUAUCCGGACUAAACUUUCUGCUUCCAAAGAAGUAAAAAAGGAUCAGAAAUGUCCGACGUGUGAUUCGAUGCUACAAAAUGAGAGUAUGUUUGCUCAUAUUCGAAGUAGAAAUCACAUUGAAGCCGAAAAGGAUCAUUUUUACUCCUUAUCUUGGAGAUUCAUGAACGAGUUUAGUCCACGCAAAACUGAAUACCCAACAAUAACAGAUGGAAACUCCAGUAGCUCAGUUUUGGAAUCUGAAAAGUUAUCGACGAAUGUUUCGGUGAGUGUUGUGGAUAGCAAUUUUGAUCAAAACAUGGAAGAUUCGCGAAAACCGGAAGCGGAGCGAAAAGGAACGAAUACUCUUUAUGAAUCGUCAGCGACUACUGGAAAUGAUACAGAAAUGAUUUCGGUUUCAAAUUCGACCAUUGCAGAAACUGUUGACGAUUUCCUUCAGUACUCGGACAAUGAAAACAACAAAUGGAUGUUUAUGUGCAAAGUCUGCGGGACUAAAGUUCCAGAUGAAAGUGACAAGUCGUUACAUUUGCAAAGCAAAGGCCACCUGAAAAAGGUUGGAAAAACAGCACCUGUAGUUAAAUUCUGUGAAUUGUGCAAAGUUAAUAUAACAGGGUCGGAAAAUAUUUCUCAGCACGAUAAUGGUAAAAAGCACAAAAAGAGUUUGAGAAAUCUGGAACAAGCGAAGCGUAAUUACGACGAAGUUGAAGUUUACAAGGGGCCAAAAUUGCCCACCGGCCAAAUCUGUAUGCGACCCGCGAGCGCGGAGAAAAGUUCAACUUGUGCUCAAAGCGGCGCGGCCAAUUCAAACGGAAUCGAGUCUAGAUUCGGAAAAGAACCGAGCGAGCCAAUUGGCAUGUGUGAUAAAUGUAACGUAGAGUUCAAAACUAGCGCAGAAAUCGAAACGCAUCUGGGAGACGUUGAGCACAAUAUACGGAUUGAAGGCAAAAUAAAUGAUUUCAAAGGCGACGGUGGCGAGAAAGUUAUAGUUUGCCCCGUCUGUCGGCCGAAGAGUUUCAACGGGGCCAGAAUGUUUGAGCGACAUUUGAAAGGAAAAGAUCACGUAAAGCGUGUCAAGGCUAAAUGGAACCCAAAACCCAAGGUUAAAAAAUCAAAAGAAAAUCAAUUGCGGGGAGCCACCGGAAUUAGUGACGGAUCUGCGAAUGUCGGUGGAAGCGAGGCAUCUGUUGCCAAGGCAGAGAAAGAAAAAGUUGCAUGUGUCUGCUGUCAGCUGGUAUUUGUGAGCGAAAGCGAAUACCAAGCUCAUCUUUUCUCAAUUCAGCAUAAGAAUGUGGUCGAAAAGAUUUCAGAGUUGGUGAAACCGGUAUCGAAACAGUAUCAGAAGAAGCAGUUUGAUUGUCAGUUGUGUAAGGGAGUUAUGAUUUGUGGACAGCAGAAUUUCAGACUUCAUUUAGAAGGGAUCGUUCACCAGAGAAUGGACAGGUUGAGCAAAGUAGACGUGAAAUUGGCCCCAGGUGUCAUUGCCAUGGACACCAGUGGAGACAAGGAUGUGGAUCUGGUUCAGUGUAAUUUGUGCUCACGGGAAAUUAAGCCGGCCCAAUAUACUGAUCACGUACUGCAAGAAUUAGUUGCGAGCUAAUAGAAUUACUGCUGUCCAAUCCACUAGGGCUUUAAGGCCGGCGUAUCACUAAAACAUAACCUGAUUAUAAGUAAUUAAGUCUUUUUAGUCUCUCAGAGUGAACUAAAAAGUGUGCUAUUAACUGUAAUUUAGACGUCUCUUGUGCCUUUUGCGGCUUUCAUAUUUAGCUAAAUGUCUAAUUUUCAGGUGCUUUUUUGUACGUUCUCUGCAUUUUUUUUGAUGCUAGCAUUGUUGGAUAAAUACAUUUUUUUCUUUCUUUCCUGAGAAAUACUAUGAGCGAACUAGUUUAAAGAAAAUCAAAUUUUGAUACUUGACGAAUUGUGAUGCUGUCUAUUUUUUCCAGAGCUUAAAAAAUAGUGCCUUAAAAUAGUUUAACAAAUAGUUACAAUGCUUUAAUAUUAAUAUUACCAUGUUUCACGAUUUCGUUUCUAUUCCUUUUCAUCUCGCAAUUGUGCAUUUGUUCUGCAAAUGUUAUAAUUUUUAAAAGACUUGUUUUUAGUAGAUUAGCCUCAAUUAGGUGUAAUUAUUAAUAUUGAAUAUCAUUUCGUGGCCGACGAAAGUGGCCGAAAUUAUCAAAACGAGCUGUUUUUCAAGUUAUUUAUAUUAUAAGGGUGAAACAAGGAACCCAUUUUGUGUAAUUAGAACCGUAGUUAGAGCGCAAAAACUGAUUUAACUGAUAAUAUUGAAAAAUUGCUCAAUUGAUUCUUUUUAAAGUAAAAUCCAAAUUAUUACUUUUCUUCUGUUUUCCAUGCACAUGAAUUAUUUUCAUUUCUGGAAAAGUGAUUUGAUAGAUAUAUAUACAAAGACUUUAUUUGAAAAAAGGUGAGUUAUACAGAUU